AUGGCACGGCUUCUUAUUUUAACCAGUAUUUUACUUCUGAUAGCAGCAGUCAGUAGCGAAGAGUUUCAUAGCGAAGCGCUUCAUAGCAGAAGGCAACACGGUCUAGAGGGGCAUUAUGAUGAUCGACGAGGUCAAGCUCGGCCAGACCGUAGGUUGUAUGAUAACAAUGAAGAUGAGGAAGCAGCCGGCGAGCAUAACCAUCAUUUGCAUGGUCAGGGAUCAAAAGACCGUAGACAUCAUUCUUCCAAAUUUUUGAAGAAACUUGACCCAAAGGCACGUCGUAAAUUAAAAGCAAUAUUUCAAGACACCAGUUUGAAUAGAAAAGAAUUGGACGAAAAACUUAACGCUUGGGCCAAGCAGCAAAAACCAGAUAUUGCAGAGAAAUUCUUGAAAAUGAAAAGAGCACGUCAAAAGAGAAGACGCAGAAUAGCGUUUAGGAUGAAAGAAAUUGUUGAAAAAGUUUCAGAGUUAAUAUCGGAAAUCGAUGUUAUCAAAUUUCGUAAUAACUAUAGCAGAAAGGAAGAGAAGCAUCGGAUUAGGGAACUGUUCAGCAAAGCCGAGCCGGCAGUGAUCAAGGUGUUCAAGCACAUUGCUACCAUUGCACUACGUGAAAACAAAGUAUUAACUCAUCGUCUGAUCAGAAAAUUUAAAAGUUUUUAG